AACACACCGCUUUUGCUGACAAAUACGAAUGGUAAAAUCCAUAUUGGAGCUAAUUUAUAAACAGGACAAGAUUCAGAACCGUGUACGUUUAGUCUAAAGCAAACUAGAAACAACGUCGGUGGAGCACAAUCGUCAGAGAACAGACGAAGGACACCAGGCUGAGCUAGGCUACUGUUAACUUAUCACUUAACGUCAGCUGUGCAGGUUUAUUCCCGAGGUGCUGAGGCCCCUCCCACUCCUGAACAAUGAGCUUCCGGAACAAACCGCGGGGAGUGGCGGCCGCUUGCUCCUCCUCCUUCUCCCGGCAGCCGCCACGCGUCUUGGUGGUGGACACAGCGCCGCCCUGGUGGAGGGAGGUCUGCCACAGCGUGUGCGAGGCACUGGACGGCUUCCUGACGCUGGCCAGCAGCCUGGAUGGGCCCUGCCGCCUGCCCCUGCUCAGCCUGUACGCCGUGAGCAGCCACACUGAGUGCCUGCUGCCGCUGGCGCAGGUGAAGGGUAAUGUCCAGCGGCUGCGAUCCUGUGUGGAGGAGUUGCGCUCCGCACCCAGAGAGGGGUGCGUUGGGGCACGGGACAGCCUGCUCCAAGAGGCUGUGCAGGACAGCCUGCUUCAGUUCAAGCAGUACCUGCGUCACGUGACCGUGAGAGGACCAAUCAGCAGCAGCUCUGCUGAGGUGACGGUCCUGACGAGCCGGCCGGCGGGGGGCGUGGUGAGGCAGCUGGAGGCGGGGCUUAAAGACACAGACCUGGUGAGCCUGCGGCGUCUGGUGGUGAUAUGCAUCGCCAGGGACAACGACGCCCCCAGCAACAGCCCCGAAACCCCCCUCCCGGCAGGCCUGGACCCUGAAGACAGCCUGGUGCUGGGCACGGAGGUGGAGCUUCUGCAGGUGGAGAAUGAUACCGUUGCCCUGGAGACCGUCUUUAAGGGCUGGCUGCAUGACUUGGGCGGAGACAGGGAGCACCUUCAUCUCCUGCUGCCUCCCUCGCUGCAGGGACCUGGCUCCGCCCCCAGACACACCCCCAGCCCCGCCCCCGGACACACCCCCUCGGCCAGUCCUGCUCACGAUGCGAGCUCAGUCUGCCUGAAGUGUGACGUACAAGAGAGGCUGCUCAGCCCUGCCCUUUUUGCCUCCACGCCAGACCUUGGGCCCAACACUGAGACUGUCUGCGAUUUUCACCCCCCCACCAAGGGCCCAACCAAUCAGAGCACUCCGCCGCAUCGACUCACCAUCAUUAAAGCUCUGAGGGCAGAUGGUGUGUGUGAGUCAGUGCUCUAUGGCCUGCCCCUCAUCAUUAAACCCACAAACUGCUGGCAGCUUGACUGGGAUGAGAUGGAGGCAAACCACCAGCUUUUCCAUGCCUUGUGCCACACCCUCAGGAGCCAGGGCUGGUUCCUCCUGGCACGCUGUGCUUCGGUGAGCAGCAGAGGUGCAGGUGUGGGCGGGGCUGGCGCAGUGGGCGGGGCUCUGUGUUCGUACGCAGUGCUGCAGCCCUCGGCCUCCCUCUCGCUGCUGCUGAAGCCUGUGGCUGCUCGCGAGCUCCUGCUGCCCUGCGCCUUGUCCGUCCCCAGUGCAGACCCGCCCCACAGAGCCCUCACCAGGAUCCAGAGCUCCCUUGCUCAGUUGGAGGAGGACCCUGUGUUCAACCCGCUGUGUCUGAGGACUAAUCUGUACCCACACCUGAGGAGUCUGCAGGCCCGAAGUCCAUACCCUUACAGAACACAGCAGCGCAGAGACACACACUGUCCAGCAGAGGGCACUGCCACACCGCAGCAUGGUCGGCAGUCCCAGGCCAGGGCAAGGGCAACGGUGGCUCCCCUCCCACUAAAGCGCCCUGCUCGCCCACCCAUCCCACCUCUGCCCAUGACCUGCUGCACCCCGUCCCUCUGCUCUGCCCAGGACCUGCUGCACCCUGCCCCUCUGCUCUGACCAUGACCUGCUGCACCCCACCCCUCUGCUCUGCCCAGGACCUGCUGCACCCCGUCCCUCUGCUCUGCCCAGGACCUGCUGCACCCCGCCCCUCUGCUCUGACCAGGAUCUGUAGUAAGGGAAUCCAGUCAGCAACCCAAAACAUAGUACCUCACAGCCUGUACCCCAAAACCCCACGUCCCACAACCUGUACCCCAUAACCCCACAUCCCACAGUCUGACCCCAAAACACCACAUCCCACAGCCUGUACCCCAAAACACCACAUCCUACAGCCUGUACCCCAAAACACUCCAUCCCACAGCCUGUACCCCAAAACACCACAUCCCACAGGCUGUACCCCAAAACACCACAUCCCACAGCCUGUACACCUGAACACCACAUCCCACAGGCUGUAGGGGGGUGUGUGAGCAGAGGAAGUGACAGCCAACAUCAGGAAAAGUGUGAACAGAAGGAACAGCCAGCAUUAGGAAGUGUGAACAGAAGGAACAGCCAGCAUUAAGGGGGAGUGUGAGCAGAGGAAGGAACAGCCAGCAUUAGGGAGGAGUGUGAUCAGAGGAAGGAACAGCCAGCAUUAGGGGGGAGUGUGAAUAGAGGAAGGAACAGCCAGCAUUAUUCCCUUGUUAAAGCAGAAAGGAAGGAAACUCUGACUGCUGUAAAAAUGUGAAAAAAGCACUAGUUUCAGUAUUUAUCAGCCCAUUCACUUAACAGUGUUUAACAUCUGAUAAUAGACCAGGAAAGAAUGACUUAACAAUGUGUUAAUUUAUGCUUCUAGUUCUCUGAUCAAAACCUAGAACACAAUGCUCACAUGCACACACUAGAACACAACGCUAAUGCACACACUAGCACACGAUGCUAAUGCACGCAAUGGC